AUGAUUCUCAAGUACUUGGUUCUUAUGCUGCUUGCAGUUUCCUCAGUCGUUUCUCAGUAUCCUGUCGAAGAGCAGAGCGUCUUCGCCCAUUUUAUUGUUGGAAAUGCGGCGGCCAUGACACCCGCCCAAUGGGAGGGGGACAUCAUAGAGGCUCAGAAGGCUCAUAUUGAUGGCUUCGCAUUGAACAUCGCACCCCAGGACGACUACACUGAUAGAGUGCUCCAAGUCGCAUAUGAUGCCGCCGAGAGAGUGGGCAACUUUUCUCUGUUCCUCUCGUUCGACUACUUGUCCGGUGGACCAUGGCCCGCAGAUCGAGUGAUAAACAUCAUCAACGCAUUCAAGGAUAGACCUGCACAGUUUUACUUCAGGGACAAGCCGUUGGUGUCAACCUUCGAGGGCGUAGGCAACACGGGUGACUGGCCAAAUAUCAAGGCAGCAACUGGAUGCAUGUUCAUUCCGUGCUGGACGAGCCUGGGCCCAACGGGCAUCGUCGGUGUCUCAGACAUUAUUGACGGUGCUUUCAGCUGGGACGCCUGGCCCGUCGGAGCCCAGGACAAGGACACAGCCAGUGAUGAGGCAUGGAUGAACGCGCUUGCGGGGAAGCCGUAUAUGCUGCCCGUGGCCCCUUGGUUCUACACCAACCUCCCUCAGUGGCAUAAGAAUUGGCUAUGGCGCGGUGAUGACCUGUGGCAUUACCGCUGGCGCCAGAUCAUGGAUUUACAGCCGCCUAUUGUCCAGAUCCUCAGUUGGAACGACUAUGGAGAAGCACACUAUAUCGGACCGAUCCAUGAAGAGGGCGUGCCCGAGGGAGCUUUACGUUAUGUCUCCGGGCAUCCUCAUGACGCGUGGCGCACCUUCUUGCCUCACUACAUCGAUGCAUACAGACGGAACAGUCCAACAUGCCAGCAAAGCUCCUGCAGAUUUUCCACGCUUUCGAAAACUCAGUACCCCAUCUCGUUUGCGGAUAAGAUCGUGUACUGGUACCGUUUGAACCCCAGUGGCUCGGGUAGCGCCGAUGGAACCACUGGUAACAAUCCGGCCAUGGGCCAGCCCGCAAUGCCUCCCCAAGAAAUCGCUCAGGAUCGAGUCUUUGUCAGUGUCUUUGUGCCGGAGCCGAGCCAUGUAUACGUCCAGAUUGGGGAGAAUCCUCCGUCAGUCCUUAGGGCACAAGCUUCAGUUAUCAACCACUUUUCAGUGCCAUUUAACGGACAGACGGGUCGUGUGAAAUUUGCCAUUGUCCGUGACCACGAGGAAAAGGCAUCGGCCGUGGGACCAGCUAUCACGAACCGGUGUAGACAUAACAAGGUGGACUGGAACGCCUACGUGGGGUCGAGUGACUAG